GACGCUCCUUCGUUUCUAAUUCUAUGGUCGCCAUACCGGAAGUGCCGGUAGUUUCACUUCGGCUCCGGGGGGCGGGACCGACGUCGGGCCUCUCGCGCUGCGCCGCUUCCUUUUCCGGCCGAGUCGAGAGCGAGAGGAGCCGGUGCGCAGCCAUGUCUCUCGUGAUCCCAGAGAAGUUCCAGCACAUCCUGCGUGUCCUCAACACCAACAUCGAUGGGCGGCGCAAGAUCGCCUUCGCCAUCACCGCCAUCAAGGGGGUGGGCAGGCGUUACGCUCACGUGGUGUUGCGGAAAGCGGACAUUGACCUGACCAAGCGGGCUGGGGAGCUCACGGAGGAUGAGGUCGAGCGUGUCAUCACCAUCAUGCAGAACCCCCGGCAGUACAAGAUCCCCGACUGGUUCCUCAACAGGCAGAAGGAUGUCAAGGACGGCAAGUACAGCCAGGUCUUGGCCAACGGGCUGGACAACAAGCUGCGCGAGGAUUUGGAGCGCCUGAAGAAGAUCCGGGCCCAUCGGGGCCUGCGCCACUUCUGGGGCCUCCGUGUCCGUGGCCAGCACACCAAGACCACCGGGCGCCGUGGCCGAACGGUGGGCGUCUCCAAGAAGAAGUAAACCUUUUGUGCUAAUAAAAUGUUUUCCUCA